AUGCGUAAAGAUCCAAAUUCACCCCUGGAUGGCGGGGAUGAUUUGGAGAAUGCUCUAUUGGACGGUCUGGUCCGAGCAGCAACCGGUCUCACAUCAGCUGAACCCAGGGAACGACGCCGAGCACGACAGCUCAACCGGAAAUCUUUGCGCCGUACGAGGACACUGAAGCUUGGUGAUGAAGCGUACGCGUCGCUGGAGGAAGCGCUCAAGAGUUACGGG